CAAUAUGAGAAGCGCAAACCUAAGAUAAAUAUAUUUCACAGAUGAAGAUAAUUUUCUCUUUUUGGUGUCAAGUUUACUUUUAGAAAACUUUUUAUUAAUAAUAAGUAUACAUAGCCUACCUAAUAGGUUAGGCAUAAGUCAGUUUUUCUUUUAUUCUUUUUGUUAAGUCAUAGUUUUAAGGACUUGUUUUCACUAUUGGAGUGGUCUGAUUCAGGACAAUCUGCUGUGAAAAAUCUAAGAACGAGCCUAGAGCGUUUUGUGUCCCGGGUUGAGAAGUCUCGCGCUUUGAGAAAUGUUACAGAAACUCCAGUCGUUACCGCGUCUGCUGCCGCUCGCCCUCGCCAGUGUGUUUCUGGUGCAAAGCGGGACCAGUGACAUAGAAGUCCAACCAGAGGAAUGGCUCCAGCAGUACGGGUAUCUUCCUCCUGGGGGUGUUCACGCUCAAGCAAUCCGCUCUCCUGAAUCCAUGACCACUGCUAUAUCUGCCAUGCAGAAGUUCUAUGGCCUCACUGUCACCGGGACUAUGGAUCCAGCAACUCUCUCAGCCAUGAAGCGGCCAAGAUGCGGAGUUCCAGAUCAGUUUGGCUCUGAAAUGAAGAGCAACCUACGAAAGAAGCGCUAUGCCACCCAGGGCCUAAAAUGGGACAAAAUAGAAAUCACUUUCAGUAUCCAGAACUACACUCAUAAAGUGGGCGAACAUGCCACACAUGAGGCCAUCAGGAAGGCCUUCAAGGUCUGGGAAGCCGUGACGCCACUCAAGUUCAGAGAAAUCCCAUUCAGUCGAAUCAGUGACAAGGUGUACAAGUUUGCAGAUAUCAUGCUUUUCUUCGCGGAAGGCUAUCACGGAGAUAGCUCCCCAUUUGAAGGCGAAGGAGGUUUCCUGGCCCACGCAUAUUUCCCUGGUCCCGGUAUCGGAGGUGACACCCAUUUUGAUGCAGCAGAGGCUUGGACAACAGGCAACGUUGACCAGGAAGGUUAUGAUGUCUUCCUGGUGACGGUACAUGAAUUAGGUCAUGCUCUUGGUUUGGAGCACUCAAACAAUCCCUCUGCUAUCAUGGCUCCGUUUUACCAGUGGAUGGACACUGACAACUUUGUGCUGCCUGAAGAUGACAGAUGGGGGAUCCAGCAAAUAUAUGGUACUGGCUCCAGUGAGGUGCCCCAACCCCCAGCACCCCGGCCCCCCACUCGCAAGCCAGACCGGCCUUCGUUUGGCCCUGACAUAUGUGAGGGACAGUUCGACACCAUUACUAUUCUCAGGGGAGAGAUGUUCGUCUUCAAGGGAAAAUGGCUCUGGAGAAUACGUGAUGGUAAACCUCUGCAGGGCUAUCCCAUGCCCAUUGGAGACUUCUGGAGGGGGCUGCCUCCCUCUAUCAACGCAGCCUAUGAACGAUCUGAUGGAAAGUUUGUUUUCUUCAAAGGGGACAAGUACUGGGUUUUCAAUGAGGCCAAAAUGGAGGAAGGUUAUCCAAAAAGUUUGAAGGAGCUUGGCACAGGUCUACCAAGAGACAAGCUGGACGCUGCUGUUUUCCACACACUCACCGGCAACACCUACUUCUUCAGAGGAACCAAAUAUUACCGGUUCAAUGAGAAAAGCGGAUCUGUGGAUCCAGAUUACCCCAAACCAAUCAGUUUAUGGCAAGGAGUACCAGAUAAUAUCAAAGGGGCCUUCAUGAGUGAAGAUGGAGCCCACACUUACUUCUACAAAAACAAUAAGUACUGGUUAAACAAUCAGCAGCUGAAGGUGGAGCCAGGCUACCCCAAAUCAGUCCUGACUGACUGGAUGGGCUGUGAAGAAGAGGAGCCCAAGGGAAUGUUUGGCACAGAUGAGGACGUGAUCAUCACUGAGUCAGAGGGUGGAGACAUGGGAGGAGCCAUAGCAAUUGUCAUCACUCGCUAUCUUUUGGCCUGUGUGCUUAUCACUGUGGGGGCUUUGCUUUUUUUCUGGAGAAACGGCACUGCUCGACGCUGCCUCUGCUGUCAACGCUCUCUGCUUGAUAAUGUUUAGAGAUGAACAAGUAAGAAACGAGAAGAGACAAGAAAGAGGAAUACAAGUAGAUGGCAUUUGGAAUGGAUGGAGUGAAUGUCAGACAGUAAAGAUUGGUUUACAGAGAGAGAUUAAAAAGUGAAGGAUGUGUAUUGUAUGUUUUUUUUCCUAUUAACAUGUACUUCCUUGGCAUUAAUAAAAAAUCCAAAAUGGAGUAGGAUAUAAGAGAGACGGACGAACCCCCCCCCCCCCCCAUUCCCGAAAGCCCCCUACACUUUGUUCCUUCUGUAUUCUUUUCAGUUUAUAAUCCCUCCUUUUAUCCUCUCUUAUAAUCUCCCUCCCCAGAACCGAACUUGACUCCAUCCAGGCGGCGGUUUGAUUGAUUGGCGGCAGUUUAUUCUAAUUGAUCCCACUUUGGCGUAUUUAUUUCAGAUUUAGCUUUUUACAUUUCUGAUCCAAUGAAAACCUCCUGCACCCCAUUGCAUUAAUAGUAUGGAAGGACUAUCAUAAUUUAACUUAUGAUUGAAGAUAACUGAAGAUAUUUGCACAAAGUAUGGCUCGACUAUAGAGACUUGCUGUACGUAAAAAAGGUUACAGGUCAAAGUUCAGGGAGAGAGAAGCGGAGCAGCUUCUGUAGUAGGCCAGUUUAAACUGCACCUAUAGAGCAGAGCUUACAAUCUGUUUCGACUCAAAAGACCACUGUUAUUGUAAUGUGUUUGGUACAUUUUACUGUUUAAUUAUGUCAUUAAUGAUUGGCAUUGUUAUUGUUAUUUUUGUUCUCCAUGUGUAGUUUAGCCUAUUUAAAACUGUCAUUUCAAGUCCUGCUGGACACAGGCAGAAUGUGACUUAUUUCAAAUUAGCAUCUAAUCUUUUAAUGUUGGGUUUAAAGGCAGAAACAAAUAUAGAAUUAUUUAUGAACAGUAAUGGUGCUAUGGGUUUUUUCACUUCAUACAUCAGUAUUAGACAUUUCUGAAGUUGUAUUAACAAUGAUAAUGAAAAGGAUAUUUAUAAUGAUAAUGAUAUAGUGUGCAUGUAAAGGAAUGACAUUUUUGCCUCUUUCAUACUUUUUGUACUUGUAAAAUGAAAAUGAAAUAAAGUUCCUUUUUUAACAUUAA